AUGUUCAAUUGGAUCUGGCCUCAAAAACCCGUCAAAGGUGACGUCGUCGUCAUCACUGGUGGUGCCAUGGGUCUCGGACGUCUCUUGGCGCUUCGUUUCGCUUCACUUGGGGCUGUUGUCGUGAUAUGGGACAUGCACACCGAGUUAGGUCAUCAAUUGGUGGACCAGAUUCAAGCAACUGGUGGUACCGCACAAUUUUAUAACAUAGACGUGACAGAUCGAGACAAAGUGUAUACGAUUGGUCAUGAAAUACUGGACAAGUAUCAAGCAGUCGACCUCUUAAUUAAUAAUGCCGGUAUUGUCAAUGGUCGCCCUUUGCUCGAGUCCUCGGACGUCAUGAUCGAGCGUACAUUUGCAGUGAAUGCAAUGUCACAUUUUUGGUCCAUUAAAGUUUUUCUACCGAUGAUGAUACAGAGAGACAAGGGGCACAUUGUGUCAGUGGCUAGUGCUGCAGGAAUCUUUGGGUCUCCUGGAAUGGUGGACUACGGUGCAAGCAAAUCUGCUGCAAUUGGGCUCAUGCUCAGUCUACGUCAGGAGCUGCACGCUAUGGGCCAUUUUGGCGUGCGUACAACCAUCGUGUGUCCUGGAUUCAUUGCAACCGGGAUGUUUGAAGGAGUGAGUCCCCCGUUAUUCACACAGUGGUUGACGCCUGAAUUUGUGGCGGACCAAACUGUCAAAGCUGUACGCAGAAACCAGUGGCGAGUUCUACUGCCGUCCGUUCUUAGUGUCCUCGAAGUCGUGGCGAUUAUGAUGCCCAUGUGCUUUGUAGAUUGGUUCAUUCGUAUCACCAAGACGUCACGGGCUAUGAAGAGCUUUAAACAGACGCGUAAACACGCACUGAAGCAUGAGUAG